CCACAAUACAGUGCGACAGUGCGCAUGGGCAAAACACUGACCAACUAGUGUCGACCCCAGCCGUCUAUUAUGCUCCUUCGCUGCAAUAAAAGCGACCCGAAAAUCUGCGAGGAGAACGCUGCCGGAGCCGCGCGGACUGAAAGUAAUAAAACGUGCUGACACUCAGGUCCUGAGAUGGGAUGUGCGUAUCGAGGAGGGAGUAAGGAGAAGAAAGAGGAACGCAAUAAUCACUAAACUCCUAAAUCCCCAGACGUCAGUCAAGCGACUUCCUCCCCUCCGCUGCUCAGAAUGUCGGCGGUCACGUCUCCUAGCCAGGCUCCCCCUCCUAUCGUCAACCCCCCUCCGCCUGAAGUUACGAACCCCAACAAGCCAGGCCGGAAAACCAACCAGCUACAAUACAUGCAGAACGUGGUGGUGAAGACUCUGUGGAGGCAUCAGUUUGCCUGGCCCUUUUACACACCUGUGGAUGCCAUCAAAUUGAGUCUUCCAGACUACCAUAAAGUCAUUAAGAACCCAAUGGACAUGGGAACAAUCAAGAAGAGACUUGAGAAUAAUUACUACUGGACAGCUGGUGAAUGCAUGCAGGAUUUCAACACUAUGUUCACAAACUGUUAUAUCUAUAACAAGCCUACAGAUGAUAUUGUCCUCAUGGCUCAAGCCUUGGAAAAGAUUUUCCUUCAGAAGGUAGCACAGAUGCCCCAGGAGGAGGUGGAACUACUGCCACCACCCCCAAAAGGCAAAGCGCGCAAGCCUGGGCCACCUCCUAGCUCCUCAGAAAAUCAGCAAGCUUUGGCGAUGUCCUCCGCUUCCCCGUCCUCGUCGUGUCCGAGCUCCCCUCCACAGGUACCCCAGACUCCUGUAAUAGCAGCCACGCCUGUGCCAACCAUCACCUCCAACGUCCAAGCUGUGCCUCCUCCUGCACCCAUGAUCCCGAGUGCACAGCCCGUCGUCAAAAAGAAGGGGGUGAAGCGGAAAGCAGACACCACCACGCCCACCACCUGCGCCAUCACUGCCAGCAGAGGCGAAUCUCCAACAGGCAUGCUGGAGUCCAAACUCAGUAAGGUCAUCUCCAGGCGCGAGAGCACCGGCCGCCCCAUCAAACCCCCGAAGAAAGACCUGGAGGACAACGAGCUGCUCCAGCAGGGCAAUAAGAAGGGCAAGCUCAGCGACCAUCUCAAACACUGCGACACCAUUCUAAAGGAGAUGCUGUCGAAGAAACACGCGGCAUACGCAUGGCCCUUCUACAAGCCAGUGGACGCAGAGGCCCUGGAACUGCACGACUACCAUGAAAUCAUCAAGCAACCCAUGGAUCUCAGCACUGUCAAAAAAAAGAUGGACGGCAGGGAGUACCCAGAUGCCCAGAGUUUCGCAGCAGAUGUCCGGUUAAUGUUCUCAAAUUGCUACAAAUACAAUCCCCCUGACCAUGAGGUUGUUGCCAUGGCAAGGAAACUUCAGGAUGUGUUCGAGAUGCGCUUUGCGAAGAUGCCGGACGAGCCCGCCGAGCCGUCGUCCCCCGGGGCGGGCUCGGCCACGGCGGUGGUCAGCAAGAGCACGGGCAGCAGUGAGAGCAGCGCCGACUCCUCCAGCUCCAGCUCCGACUCCGAGGAGGAGCGAGCCACCCGCCUUGCCGAGCUGCAGGAACAGCAAAUCACUAAGGAGCACCCGAAGGGUAACAGGGCGGGGAAAAAAAACGGGUGUGCCAAACGUUUUCAGCUGAAGGCUGUUCACGAACAGCUGGCCGCUCUGUCGCAGGGCCCCGUCAGCAAGCCAAAGAAGAAGAAAGAGAAGAAGGAAAAGGAGAAGAAGAAGAAAGACAAGGAGAAGGACAAAGACAAGAGCAAGGCCAAGGCGGCGCCGGUGGUGGUGGAGGAGGAGAAGAAGACCAAGUCGUCGCAGCCGAACAAGCAGGCUCAGCCCAAGAAGACUUCAGCCAGGAAACCCAACAGCACAUCCACUACCAGGCAGCCGAAAAAGGGCGGCAAACCCGGCGCGGCGAACUACGAGUCGGACGAGGAGGAGGCUCUUCCCAUGUCGUAUGACGAGAAAAGGCAGCUCAGCCUGGACAUCAACCGACUGCCCGGCGAGAAGCUGGGCCGGGUGGUGCACAUCAUCCAGUCGCGUGAGCCCUCGCUGCGCGACUCCAACCCCGACGAGAUCGAGAUCGACUUCGAAACUCUCAAGCCUUCCACGCUGCGCGAGCUGGAGCGCUACGUUAAGUCCUGUUUACAGAAGAAGCAGCGCAAACCUUUACCGGGCACUGGGAAAAAGAGUGCCAAGACUAAAGAGGAACUGGUUCAGGAAAAGAAGAAAGAGUUAGAAAAGAGGCUGCAGGACGUGAGCGGACAACUGAACAACAACAAGAAACCGCCCAAAAAAGCAGAGAAGGCGGGGUCAGCGCCAGGGGGCGGGCCGUCUCGGCUGAGCGGCAGCAGCAGUUCUUCCGACUCGGGCAGCAGCAGCUCCAGCGGCUCCAGCUCCGAGAGCAGCGACUCCGACUGAGCCCUUUCAGCCGGCCCUGCUCCAAACUUCAGCCUCCUCCGUUCUCUAAUGAGUAGUGUGUGCUGUCAUGAUAGUGUCUCAACUCGAAGACCUGUUACAUUAAAAAACACAGAGUUAGAAGCAUCGCUAAAGACAGAGACAGAUAUUAUAAACCAAGCUGUUGUAGAAAGAAAGCCCUUUGGCUCGGACGAAGAAAAAUUACGAAGAAGAAAAAAAGAUAGCUGACGGUGGAACAGUGUCGAGGUUUAUUUUGCUGGCCCUCAAAGGGAAAAACACCUGGUAUCACCAGUUAAAAAAACAGAAUGAAACAAAUGAAAAUUUAAAAUGCAAAAAAAAAAAGAUAUAUAUAUUUUUUUGUUUUGGAACAUUGUCAGUUGUGGAGAUCAAACAAAGAAAGAAAGAAAGAAAGAAAGAAGCAGUUGUGUAUAGGAGUUCUCUUCGUUUUCUUUUCUCCCCCCCCCCCUCCUCCAGGUGGUUGCUCAAAAAUAUAUAAACAACGAGCCAAACGAAAAACAACACAAACAUAAACACAACACACAAUUUUACGGACGUAUUUUAACGGAUGAACUCUCAAAACUCUCGGCAAGCGCUGAAACGGCUGUGGUAGCCUCAUCGAGUUGGAAGGCUGACUGUCUGAAGGUCUGAUGGAACAAGCAACUACACUUUCAAACUUUCUGGUUGUGGGUUGUGGUGGUCAUGUGCGUAUGGCGUGUUUUUUUUUUUUUCUCAGCUCAUUCCAGAUGAUUUAUUUUACAGGUGAUGAUGCGAAUUGUUGCAAAUCGUGUCUCUUUUUUUUGUUUUACUUCGUUUUUUAAGGACUUAUUUAUUUUCGUGUAUCAAGGCGCAGGUCUUGCUUUGCUUUUCACUUCUUUAUUUUUUAUUUUGUAAUAUUUUUUUUUUUUUGAGACUCAUUUAUCACAGAUGUGUAUCGAGAAGUAAUCGAUGUAAAAAAAAGAAAAAGAAAACGUAAAAAAAUCUGAAUCUGUUUCUCUGAAAUCUUUAAUCUCUAAUUAUUUGGCGCAUCAUAGCUGACUGAGUUGUAGUGGACUGAGCGGGUGAUGCAGUGAUGCGGUGAGAUACGAUGAUGCUCCGUGCCGAUCUGUACCGUACCGUGAGUGGGCAGACGUCUUUUCCUCCCGUGAGUGUCGGUAUUGAGUGUUGAAACCUGUACUUUGAGAGGCCUGCGUAUACGUAAUCCACAGUAGAUUCGGUUUCUUCAGCGCUGUAAUUUUCCCCCUUUCCAGGUGCUCGUCUCUCAUUGUCAGUAUUUGAUGAUGUAUAAUUUUGUCACAUAUUGUUUUUAAACUAUUAUUGUAUGUUCAAAAUGGGUUUGUUUUUACAUUUUCUUUUCUUCUGUUUUUUUUUAUUAUUUUAUAUUAUUUCACUAAUAGUUUCGUAGAACAUGAUUUGAUUUGACCUUAUCUUGCAUUAAUAUUAUCUUUACCCACCUUCUUCUACUACAACCUUCAUUCUUCAUUAUUCUCUCCAGUAAUGUCCAGUGAUCAGUGGACAAUCACAAAUCACACAGAUUAUAGCAGUGACUAAAAUGCAUUAUUUGUGGAGGAAAAAUUACUAAAAAUGAUCUUUUUCCUUUAGUUUGGAUGAACUUUAAAACACUCACUGUCCCAUCACUGUCUGAAAAAGGAAGAUUACCGGUAUGUGAUAUUUUGGUAUAUUGGUUAUAUCCAAAAUAUUACAGCUACAUGUUUUCUCUUUUUUAUUAUUAGUAAUGUUUUAUAAGGACUUUAUCUCUGGAUUUUUUUUUCUAUGUGGAUUUUUUUUUUUUUUGGAAUACUGUGUUAAAUGCUUCGAGUGGUACUGAAAUCUUCUAAAAUGCUUUGCAGAACGUGCUGGAAUAUUGUUUUGUUUUUUUGUCUGUUUUUGUUUCUGUUUUUCUUGCCGUUUCCUCAAAUUGGUAACUGACUGGUUAAACUAAACUCUAUAUAACAGAUGAAUGUAGUAGAUAGGGGUCAUUUUUAUUUAUUUUUUUCUGUUCUUUCCCUUUGUUUCUGAUCAGCAUGAGAUAAAUUGCAUACAUUUUCAUAUUUUCAACACGCUGAACCCUACCUUGUGUCCCCACAAUGCAGAAAUACAGUGGAUGUGUACUUGUUGCCUUAAAAUUUCGUUGGCACUAAAAUAAUAACUGGGUCUGCUCUAAAUAAUUGUAAAUUUGAGUCGAGAAGCUGUAUGUUUAUAUGUUUGGCUUGUUUUUAUUCACAUUUUUUCCUUUUGUAGCUCAGAUAACAUUUGAAACACAACACAUUUGACAUCAAGACUUGUAAAUUGAGUUUUUGUAGGUUUUUUCCUCUCUGUGGUAGAAUGUGUGUUACUUUUACUCUCAUUAUUUCCACUGGAUUGUUUGAUAUUUCGAAUCAUUAUCUCUGUGUGAGACUGUAAGUCCAACUUGGCCUAAAGACAGUUCAGCAGACAGAUAAUGUCCUUCAGAUACUCUUAUGUCUUUCUUUCUUUUCUUUUUAUUCUGUCUCUCUCAAUCUCUAUUUUUAUUAUUUUUUUACUCCUCAGUCCACUAAAAGAAAAGGAAAAAGGUGGUGUUCUUUGGCGUGAUGUCAGCAACAAAGUUAAAAAGACUGAAAUAUAAAUAUAUAGGCUAUAUAAUUACAGAUAUAAAUGUAUAUUCAUUACUUAUUCGUUAACUUGUCUUUGGGUCGAAAUAUUUUAGUUCUUUUUUAUGAGAGCGAAACCUUUGUGUAUUGCAUGCUGAUUUACAGUAUCUUUCUUAAACCUUUUUGAGCUGUUUAUAACAUGUAAAUGUCAUUCUUUGAAGUAAAAAUGUCAAUCUUAGUAGAGCUCCAUGUAAGUGCAGCGAGUUAAUGGAGGUUUGUAGCUGGGUUUUCAGACAGACUUAGGCAUAUGGAUACUGAUGUAUAAGCUAAUUCGGAAUUUGGACUCUGAGCCCCCUUCUUUUUUUUCGUAAAUAAAUCACAAAAAUCCA